GUGGCUGGAUUUGAAGGAACAAACUGUGAAAUAAACAUAGACGAAUGCCAGUCUCACCCGUGUCAGAACGGAGGAUCCUGUAUUGACCUGAUUGGUCGUUACAUCUGCUCCUGUCCGCCAGGGACCCUUGGGGUGCUGUGUGAGAUUAAUGAAGAUGACUGUUCCACUCUCACCACUUCUGGCCAGCCCAAAUGUUUGAACAACGGGACUUGUGUGGAUAAAGUUGGGGGCUACCGCUGCAACUGCCCUCCAGGUUACACUGGCGAGAGGUGUGAGGGCGACAUCAAUGAGUGCCUGUCUGGGCCUUGUGUGACACACAACACCCGCGACUGCAUCCAGAUGGCCAAUGAUUAUCAAUGUAUAUGCAAGAAUGGCUAUACAGGACGCCGUUGCCAGAGUGUGGUGAACACAUGUGAGUCUCGGCCUUGUCAAAAUGGAGGUGUUUGCCGUGUGACCGUUAACACCCCUCUGGGGUACACCUGUCGCUGCCCUGCUGGUUUCACUGGACCAUCCUGUGAGCGACCUCUAAAUUCCUGUCGAGACUUUGAUUGUCCAUCUGGAUCUUCCUGCAUCCCUUCACCUCUAGGCCCUCGUUGUGUCUGCCCUCCAGGGGUUGUCUGCCGUACCCUCCUAAAUGGCACCUUUAAUCCACAAUCUCCCCGUCAUUCAGCCUGCUCCCCCUCACCUUGCCAAAACGGAGCUCGGUGUGCCACUACUGACAAAUUCCCUUACUUCACCUGCCACUGCCCUCCAGACUUUAUUGGACCACGGUGUGAUAUAAAGGCCCCGAUUGAAGACAUACCAGCACCAGAAUGUAGCCCACCACAGUGCCCCAACAAGAUGGGAGAUGGCCGGUGUGACCGGGAGUGCAAUUCUCCAGAAUGUCACUGGGAUGGUGGAGAUUGCGCUCUGUCCGUGGAUGACCCGUGGAAGAAUUGUCCCUGGCAAAACUGCCAGCUCCUGUUCAAUAAUUCCAAAUGUGAUUUACAAUGUGCCUCAGCUGAGUGUCUGUAUGACAACUUUGACUGCCGGGAGAAGACUGAACACAGCUGCAACCCUGUCUACGAACAGUACUGUAUGGACCACUAUGGAGAUGGUCGGUGCGACCAGGGAUGUAACGCGGAGGAAUGUGGCUGGGAUGGUCUUGACUGUGCCGGAGGCCGGGAUGGAGAGCAGCUGGCAGAGGGAGUGCUGGUUAUUGUGGUUCUGCUUCCUCCUGAGCAGCUGUUAAAGGAAAGCAAAGCAUUCUUGCUGAGACUCAGCGUCAUUCUGCGCACCUCUCUCCGCUUCCGCGUGGAUAAAGAUGGCCAGUACAUGAUUAAACCAUACAGGAGAAGCCAGGCAGCAGAGCGGAGGGUGAAGAGAGAGAGAGCUGGAUGGUGACAUCAUCAUAGGGUCUGAGGUGCUGUUGGAAAUUGACAAUCGGCUAUGUAAAAAAACAGGUUGACAAAGAGACCUCUGAAUGCUUCCCAGAUGCAAAAAAUGCUGCUGAUUACCUGGCUGCGCUGAGUGCUGUGGACAGGCUGCAUUUCCCUUACCCAAUUAAAUCCGUGCGCAGUGAUAAGAUUGAAGAACCUCCCCAGUCAUUGCAUCUUCUUCCACUAGUGGGCGUAGCUGGGCUGUUGGUCUUGAUCGUGAUAGUGCUGAGUGUGCUGGUAUCUCGUAGGAAGCGAGCCCACAGCACCUUAUGGUUCCCAGAAGGAUUUAUAUUGAAAAAGGAGAGAGACAGACGUGAGCCUGUGGGACAGGAUGCUCUUGGACUUAAGAACAUCGCCAAAGCAGAACGUCUUAUGGAAGAUCCUUCUGAAGAC